GGAAAUAUCAAUUUUAAAUAUCAAAAUAGGUAAUAGAAGUAAACAGUUGUUUAGCUUAAAGCGCUGAGUAUUUGAAGAGAAAUCAUCAUAAGAGAAAUUUACAAUUUUAAAGAAAGUAAACAAAAAAAAAAAUGGCGUAUAGAAAAAAGUAGAUUAAUGUUUUUUAAGAACAUAAUCAGUAAGUAAGAUGAACUUACAAACUCUUUGUCAAGAUUUUAAUCCAAGUAAAUUUGUUGUUCACAACUGUUUAUUAUUAUUCACAACAUUUUUUGCUUUGAGACGUGAUAAUUAUAUAAAUUGGUCAUAUUGGAAUGUAUUUUUGCCAUUAUGGAUAUGGAAAUUGUUAGUUAUAUUGGGCGCUGUUUCUGGCAGUAUUGUUUGGUGGCAAAAUCCACAUUACAGAUUAGAAGGCGAAGCUUAUAUACAAUAUAAAUCAAUGCUAAUCAGUUUAGCAUUGCAUUUAAUUUUAUUAAUGUUCGAAUUACUUGUAUGUGAUAAAUUAGAAACAGGACGUCAUUUAUGGAUCCUAGUAUUUAUUCCUCUAAUAUUUAUAUCAAUAGUAUCAAUCGCUGUAUGCAUUUGGGCUGUUAAGCAUGAUCGUUCGUUUGAGCUUGAAUUAUUUUGUGCUGUUAAUAUACUUCAAUUCAUAUUUCUUGCAUUGAAGUUAGAUGGUUUUAUAUCAUGGACAUGGGAGGUAGUGUUUGUGCCUUUAUGGAUAAUCAUGUGUCUUUCAUUAGUUGGGGUACUUUACACAAUCAUUUUCGCAGGCAUUUUAUUAAGAACACCUGAAGUAAAUGCUCAACAAAGAAGAUCUAGUUUCAAUUCUGCACUCGGUUAUACAUUUUUAGUAAUUCCUAUUUUAAUAUUUCAAGUUUUAUUAACGAACAGACUAGACGGAGAGAUCUCAAUCAAUUACAUAACGGUUGUGAGUCCAUUAUUUGUUUCGUUUUUUACGUUAAUAUUAAUGUCGUUCAAUGCAAAGGGUUGCAAUAGAUGGUGGUUUGGAAUUCGAAAAGAUUUUUGUCAGUUUCUCUUAGGAACAUGCCCAUUGUUACAAGAAUAUGGUAAUAUUGCAUAUAGUAUUGAAGAUCCAAAUAUGGAUAAUAAUAGUGCUUCGAUUGAAAUGCAACCAACAAGAGAAAAGAGACUCAAAAAAUGCGAUUUACUAAAACCUGUUGUACCUAUUACGUCAAUAGACAUGCCUGACUGAAAAUUUAUUUAGUUUGUAAUACUUAUUAUUAUUUUAUAAGAAUUGUACAUAU